AUACAUACUACUAUACUCGACGAGCACGCAGAUACACCAUGCCCAAGGCUGUGGUGCCAGUGAAUAAAGGGAAGGGCAAGUCGACAGUUCAACAUUCAAAGCUCUAUACAAACUUUCUCCCGAUUGAGCUACUUCUACCGGCUCCAUCAACUUCAUCUUCUUCCCAGAGCAGAGUAACGUCCCACUAUAUAUACGUUCGACCUCAUACGGCGAAAUCUGGCUCAACCUCCUCGGUCACUGCAUCUCCAGAGAGCACUGUAUUCGUGGCGAACAUUCCUGUCGAUGCAUCUGAAAGAGAUCUGCGCGUUCUGUUCGGACGGUGGGGGGUAGUAGAGUUCGUGGAGUUUACAGGAGGCUCAGGUGCAAAUGCUCUGGAACAAGCUGUUCAAGGUCUGGGCGAGGACGAUGAAGUUGAACAGGAGGAGGAGGAAGGGGAGGAGGAGUCGGACGAUGAGGCUCAGGAUCCCAUCAAUGAUCUCAGAGACACCGAGGAGGAUAAUGUAACGAGCCGUCCUGAACCUACUUUCAUCGGUAACGGACCUAAAUUACCACGUCGACUUCGAACAAGGCGGAAACCAGCUUUGCCGGUCUCAGUCCCUGAAGUCGAAGCUCUACCACCGCUUGAUCCAAGAUCGACACCUUACGGACGAUCAGGGUCAAGAUGCGCUCAUAUAGUCUAUCUGGAUGCGUUACCCCUUCAAAGGCUUAUGGCCCAUACUGGACCGAUCCACCUGCCUUCUUAUGGUCUCCUUCCUCAAUCUGCCUACUCUAAACCUGCAAAAUCCAGCUUGAAGUCCAUGGCGUCUCCUCAAUCUGAUCCUUCCAAUCCUACUGGACUAUCCUACUAUAUUUCCCAGUAUACGUCGCUCCGACCUCCUUUGGGUGCCAUCAAAGCAUUCGCUGAUUCUUCUAUGGCUCGAUUCGAUCAUCUUCAAUCGCUCCUCUUGAAAUCUCGAGCCAAACAGCAGGGAGCCGGAGCAUUGGUCGACGAGGAUGGCUUCACAGUGGUCGUUAGAGGAGGACGAUACGGCCGAACGGGUGGAAGAGGUCCAGGAAGUACUGGUGUAGCUGUGGCUUCAAAGGGUUUCGGCAAAAAUCUGGCGUCAGAACAAGAUGAUGGGAAGAGAAAAGGAAGUGGGGCGAGACCGAAAGAAGACUUUUACAGGUUUCAAAAGACUGAGCGGAAGCGACAGGAAUUGGCUGGCCUGCGAGCCAAGUUUGAGCAGGACAAGGCAAAGGUAGACGAACUCAAGAAGACGAAGCGAUUCACACCGUAUUGAGAUGAAGAUCAGCUGCAGGAUUUAAGAGAUGCAGUACGCAUCAGAGAUAUCCCAGAUUCCAGAGUGAUAACAUGCAUCGUCG